CUUCGCCCAACCUGGCACGUCAAAGCUGUGCGUUUUAAAUCGAAAAAAAUUCGUUACCCGCCAAAUUGGAGAUGCGUAUAUUGAUGCUGUUAAGCGCAGUUUUUGCAACGUUUUGCAACGCCAGCUACGAUUAUUAUCGCCUGCCACGCUCUAUCAAGCCGCAACACUACAACCUCCGCAUCAUGACACAUCUGGAGAAUCCCAAACGCCUCAUCUUCACGGGCGAUGUUGAAAUAAUGCUGCGCAUCUUCCAAUCCACCAACAAUAUCACGUUGCAUGCCGGCCCUGGCUUAAAUAUUGCCGAAGGCAGCACACGCCUGCAACUAACAAAAUAUCAUUGCCACGAGCUGAUUGAAAUUAAAAGCAUGCAACGUCACUCGAAGUAUGAUUUCGUAAUAUUGCAUUUAGAUCAAUAUUUACAGCGUGGACAACGCUAUACGCUGCGUCUGCGAUUCUGGUCAAGAUUGGGACACAGCAUGGCUGGUUACUACGCUAGCUCGUACUUGGACAAUGCAGACGACUGUGGCCAACAAUUCAUGUCUGUGACGCAGUUUGAGCCAGCGGAUGCGAGAACUGCUUUUCCCUGCUUCGAUGAGCCCGACUUCAAGGCCACCUUCAACAUAACGCUGGGCCAUCACUCCAAAUACAAUGCGCUUAGCAAUAUGCCUGUACUGGAGAGAAUACCCAUAUGCGAACGUCAGAAUUGGCUGUGGAGCAUAUUCAAGCAAACGGAGCUCAUGUCGACCUAUCUGGUGGCAUAUAGCAUCAACAACUUCCAUGGCUACGCCUCCCAGAAUUAUAAGGGUCACGUUCGCUUUACCACCUGGGCACGUGCCUCGGCUAUUGAGCAGUGUCGCUAUGCAUCGGAGCUGGGACCGAGGAUUAUGUCGCAAUUUGAGAAGAUGAUUGGCAUAGAGUAUACGUUGCCCAAAAUGGAUCAGUUGGCAGUGCCGGACUUCAGUGCUGGCGCCAUGGAGAACUGGGGUCUGAUUACAUACCGUGAAGCUUCACUGUUUUAUGCAGAGGACGCCUCAUCACAUCUGGACAAACAGCAUAUAGCCACCAUCAUUGCCCAUGAGUUGGCCCAUCAGUGGUUCGGCAAUUUGGUUACCAUGGAAUGGUGGAAUGAUCUUUGGCUAAAUGAGGGAUUCGCCACAUACAUGGCUACACUGGCCAUGGAGAAGAUGUGCUGCCAGUGGCAUGCCUACAAGGAGGAUAUGCUGGACAAUGUGCUGGCCGUGCUCAAUACGGAUGCGUACUUCAAUACCCGGCCCAUUCAUCAAGCAGUCAGUCGUGCCAGCCAGAUAUCGGAGCUCUUCGAUGCAAUUACCUAUCGCAAGGGCGCAGUUCUCAUACGCAUGAUGCACAUGUUCAUUGGGGAUGUGGCCUUUCACAGUGGUCUUCAUUGCUAUCUGUCGAAGCAUGCCUAUGACAAUACCAGACAGGCGGAUUUGUGGCUGGCGCUGACUGAGGCGGCGCAUGAAUAUGACAGCAUUCCGCUCGAUCUGCAGGUGCAGACUGUAAUGGACACGUGGACGUUGCAGAAGGGCAUUCCCUUGGUCCAGGUGAAGCGGCAUUAUCUGAAGAAAUCGGCAACAAUUACGCAACAGCGAUUUCUAAUAAUUCAAGAGGAUGAUUCGUACAAUCAAGCGGAAGAGCAUCUGGACGAGAAUCCUUGCUGGUUUGUGCCGAUUAGCUAUGCCACCCAGUGCACCUACAAUUCCAUUGCCACUGAACCGCGUGCCUGGCUGCGCUGCACAGCACAGCACGAGCCUGUGCCGCUGCUACUGCAAAACCUGUCAGGCGAUGAUGAAUGGCUGAUCCUCAACAUCCAAGUGGCGGCUCCAUAUCGCAUCAACUAUGACACUGACAAUUGGGAACUGAUCAGCAAGACGCUCCACAGCAGCGAAUAUUAUCGCAUCCAUGACAUGAAUCGCGCCCAGUUGUUGGAUGAUGCACUGGCUCUGGCUUGGAGUGGCCUGAUGACCUAUGAGCUGACCCUGGAACUGUUGACCUACGUGAAGCAAGACAGCGCGUAUAUACCCUGGCGUGCAGCACUUGACCAGCUAAAUAGCAUUUAUCGCAUUAUCCGUUACACUGACGAUUUCGAGGAGUUCCAGCACUUUAUGCAUCACUUGCUGUCGCCCAUUUACUGCUACCUGGACGGCAUGCAGAAAUAUGGCGAUAACCGCCAUCAUGUGGCCCACAAAACAUUGAUUGCGAAAUGGGCAUGUCACCUGUCUCUAAGAGAUUGCGUCGAGCGUGCGCUCAAGUAUUAUCAUCGCUGGUUCAUCUGCAGUCAGCCGGAUAGCAUGAAUCCCGUGCCUGUCAAUCUGCGCUCAGUGGUCUACUGCACCGCCAUGCAGCACGGCGACGGGGAGGAUUGGAACUUUCUAUGGCACAGAUAUCGCAAUAGCUCGCUGGCCAGCGAACAGCGUCUGAUUCUGUUCGCCCUCGGCUGCACGGAGAAAGUAUUUUUGCUGCAGCGCUACCUGAGGAUAGUCUACCAUGAGCAGUCAUUCAUACGCAAACAGGAUGCUUCGCUAAUCUUUGGCGCCAUUGUGCGCAGCGAGGUGGGCUUCGGCGUGGCCAGAGAUUUUUAUUUCCAAAACUUCAAGUUACUGCAGAAAUACUACAAUGCGAAUACGCACGAAUUGAUUGCACUACUGAACCUGAUUGCACAGCACAGCAGCUCCCUUGAGGACUAUAAGCAGCUGAAAACGUUCAUCGAUGGCCACCAGUUGGUAUUGAAGCAGAGCUCAUCGCGCAGCUUGUUGCGCGCCUUGGAGCAGGCGAAAGCGAAUGUGCUUUGGCGUCAGCACAAGCUGCCCGAGUUCGCCAGGCAGCUGGCCAUGUGUAAUUGUGACUGAGCGUGUGUUUA